CAGAAGAGGGGAAGAAUGUCCCACGUGUGCUAGUCAUACCAGAUUGACAGAUAUUUAAAUAGAGAGAGGUGGAUUUUCAUUCAUUUCACUGACUUGAAGAACCUAUACGCCUGCAUCUCAAGCAGACGACCUAACGAUUCCAAUCUACCGAGAGAGAGAAGAAGACUGUCUCAAUCUUCCCCUGGGCGGGAAGCAUCAGGCACAGCCCUCGACAUGGACAACACAACAGAAUUGGCCCUGACCCCUGUCAAUAACAACUUCACCAACAGCAACUGUUCCCGUGACAACGUGCUGAAGACGGUGGUGUUUCCUGUUCUCUACUCCCUCCUCUUCCUGUUGGGCCUGUCGCUCAACGGCCUGGCAGUGUGGGUGUUCUUCAGCAUCCCCAGCCGCUCCCACUUCAUCAUCUACCUCAAGAACAUUGUGGUGGCCGACGUACUCAUGACCCUCACCUUCCCCUUCAAGGUGCUGUCUGACUCCAACAUGGCAUCAGUGGGUCUGCGUGUCUUUGUCUGCCGUGUCUCCUCUGUGCUCUUCUAUCUCACCAUGUACAUCAGCAUCCUCUUCUUCGGCCUCAUCAGCAUCGACCGCUGCAGGAAGACCCUCCAGCCCUUCAAGGGGACCAACGCGGCUCGUCUGUCCCACAGAAAGCUGCUCUCUGUGGCUAUCUGGGCCUCCCUGCUGACCCUCUCCCUGCCCAACAUGAUCCUGACCAGCCACAGCCCCACCUCGGCCUACUUCAAGUGCAGCGUUCUUAAAACGGAGGCUGGGCUGCUCUGGCAUGAGGUGGUCAACUAUGUGUGCCAGAUAAUCUUCUGGGGGAACUUGGUGACAGUGAUAGUGUGUUACACACUCAUCACCAAAGAACUGUACAGUUCAUACGCCCGCACCAGGGCAUGCCGUUCUACUGGAGCCAUACACAACGCUGGUACUGGCGGGGGUAAUGUUGAAGGGCAGCGCCAGCCCCGGAGGAAGAGUGUAAGUUCAAAUGUCUUCCUGGUGCUGGCUGUGUUCUUUGUGUGCUUCGUGCCGUUCCACUUCUCCCGCGUACCGUACACCAUGAGCCAGACGAGGGUACACCUGUUUGACUGCAACCUCAAGCUGUUCUUCUUCCAGCUGAAGGAGAGUACACUCUGGCUGUCCUCCCUCAACUCCCUCCUGGACCCUCUCAUCUACUUCUUCCUCUGUAAGUCCUUCAGAACCACCCUGUUCAAGACCCUCCGUCUCCCACCUGGGACCUGCAGCUGGCUCACUGGGACAGGGUCCGGCCCCAACACAGCGGAGGAUCAGACCCAAACACAGGAGACUCCCCUGGGAGACAAAUCUAUUAUGUAAUCUAUCUGUAUUUAGGUAAUAGGUAACUAAAACUCGAUGUUCUAUCUAUGUAUCGUGAAGAUCUGAUGAAUGUUUCACAGAGGGUCAUACUGCCCUCUCCUGGAAGGUUGACUAAACUGAACUGUGUGUUCAUUAAAAUGCCUAGGCAAUGGGAACAAUCAAUGUAAACUUCCAAUGAGAAACAAUAUUUUAGCCAGUGAUGAUUAUGAUAAUAUGCAGAGCAGCUGUUCCAGUACAGCAAUAGCUCUAUGUUUGUUACACCAGUCUGAUACACCAGUCUGAUACAUAAGUCUGAUACACCAGUCUGUAACAGUUAGUAGAAUGUUAUAACACCCAUAUAUAUAUAUAUAUAUACACAUGUUUUAAAACGUAACGGGCCUGAUAAGAUAUUUUUUUUAUGUUUUUUUGCACAAUUUCUGUUUUAUACUAAUUUCUGUUUUAUACUAAUCUACAGGUAACUGCCCAAAUGAUGGAAACACUUGAGUACACGAGGGAUACAAAUUAUAUUAAAAGCCGGUGCUUCCACACAGGUGUGGUUCCUGAGUUAACUAAGCAAUUAGUUUCCGAUCAUGCUGGGCAGGCCAUUAUUUUGGCAAUUAUUUUGGCUACCAUGGGAAUGACGCAAUAAGAUGACCAAUGCCAUCAUCCACAGGGAACAAGUGGUCACUGAAUGGUUUUAUGAGAAUGAAAACUAUUUAAACCAUAUACCAUGGCCGUCUCAGUCACCAGAUCUCAACCCAAUUGAACACUUCUGGAGCAGCGUUUCCAACCAUCAUCAACAAAACACCAAAUUAUGGAAUCCAUUGUGAAAGAAUGGUGUUGCAUCCCUUCAAUAGAGUUCCAAACACGUGUAGAAUCUAUGCCAAGGUGCAUUGAAGCUGUUCUGACUCGUGGUGGCCCAACGCCCUAUUGAGGCCCUAUACACCGUAACAGAUUUCUUUGUAUUAUCUUUUACCAGAUCUAUUGUUUAUAUUCUCCUACAUUCCUUUCACAUUUCCACAAACUUCAAAGAUUUUCCUUUCAAAUGGUACCAAGAAUAUGCAUAUCCUUGCUUCAGGGCCUGAGUUACAGGCAGUUAGAUUUGGGUAUGUCAUGUUAGGUGAAAAUGGAAAAAAGGGGCAAAUCCUUAAGAGGUUUUUAUAAGAAUUUAAGCUUUCUGCUAAUAUCAGAUAUGUCUAUGUCCUGGGAAACAUUCUUGUUACUUACAAUCUCAUGCUAAUCGCAUUACCCUACAUUAGCUCAACCGUCCCGCAGGAGACCAGGCAAUCCUGAAGAACCAGGCUCAUCAAAUAGGUACUAGUACUCUGGUGAGCCGCACGGGGAGUUUCCCAUCUUCCAUUUCUCGCACCCCUCUCCAUACUACCCUGUUGUGGGGUGACCGGUCCAAAUCUUUCCAGGUGCUCAUAGACUCUGGGGCCAACAAGAGCUUUCUGGACACUACCCUGGUUCCGGAGCUGGGAAUCCUCACACAACCCCUCUCCAUACUACCCUGUUGUGGGGUGACCGGUCCAAAUCUUUCCAGGUGCUCAUAGACUCUGGGGCCAACAAGAGCUUUCUGGACACUACCCUGGUUCCGGAGCUGGGAAUCCUCACACAACCCCUCUCCAUACUACCCUGUUGUGGGGUGACCGGUCCAAAUCUUUCCAGGUGCUCAUAGACUCUGGGGCCAACAAGAGCUUUCUGGACACUACCCUGGUUCCGGAGCUGGGAAUCCUCACACAACCCCUCUCCAUACUACCCUGUUGUGGGGUGACCGGUCCAAAUCUUUCCAGGUGCUCAUAGACUCUGGGGCCAACAAGAGCUUUCUGGACACUACCCUGGUUCCGGAGCUGGGAAUCCUCACACAACCCCUCUCCAUACUACCCUGUUGUGGGGUGACCGGUCCAAAUCUUUCCAGGUGCUCAUAGACUCUGGGGCCAACAAGAGCUUUCUGGACACUACCCUGGUUCCUCACACAACCCCUCUCCAUUCCCAAGGACGUCAAAUCAUUGGAUGGGCACUCUAUUGGCAUCGUCACCCACACUAUGUGUCCCAUUAACCUGGGAGUGUCAGGUAAUCACAGCAAGUCUACGCAGUUCCUGCCCAUCAAAUCCCCUCAUGCACCCGUGGUUUUGGGGUUUUCCUGGCUCCAGAGGCGCAAUCCUCUGAUCGACUGGGCUACGGGUUCUGCUCCAGCAGCGCGCCGACACCGGCCUCGGGUACAACUCGGAGGGCGAGGCGCAGGGCGUUCCGGACGACGACGGUGGAAUGCCUGCAGCAUUGAAGGUUCCAACACGUCCUCGACUGGAACCCAGCACCUUUCUUCCGGACCGUACCCUCCCACUCCAUGAGAUAAUGAAGGUCCCUCGCCCGACGCCUCGAAUCCAGUAUGGAGCGAACAGAGUACACCGGGGCCCCAUCGAUGUCCAGAGGGGGCGGAGGAACCUCUCGCACCUCAGACUCCUAGAGCGGGCCAGCCACCACCGGCCUGAGGAGAGACACAUGGAACGAGGGGUUAAUACGGUAAUCGGGUGGAAGUAACCUAUAACAAACCUCGUUCACCCUCCUCAGGACUUUAAAUGGGUCCACAAACCGCGGACCCAGCUUCCGGCAGGGCAGGCGGAGGGGCAGGUUUCGGGUCGAGAGUCUGACCUGGUCCCCCGGUACAAACACCGGGGCCUCACUGUGGUGGCGAUCAGCAAUCUCCUUUUGGCGCAGCAUGGCCAGCUGGAGGUGAACACGGACAGCCUCCCAUGUCUCCUCUGCGCGCCUGAACCAGUCGUCUACCGCAUGAACCUCGGUCUGACUCUGAUGCCAAGGCGCCAGAACCGGCUGGUACCCCAGUACGCACUGAAAGGGAGAGAGGUUAGAGGAAGAGUGACUAAAAGCCCUGUCUACCUCAGCUGACUACUGUAAGCGCACUGGGCCCCCCUUCAGCAGUGAGGUAAUGGGAGCCGCUACCUGACCAAAACCCCGGAUAAACCUCCGGCAG